AUAGGAACAACUGCACAGUGUGUUUACUCAAAUGGUCGCUGUGCAAGUCGUUUAAGUCGUAGAUGAAUUGCAUAUUUCUGCUUAACACUAUACCCGACUUUGACUUAUUGGCUGCUUUUUAAAUCUUGUUAAGCGACACAUGUAGGAGACAGUUUUUGUUUGUUUGUUUGUUUUGGGGUCUUUUUUUUUUUUUUUUUUUUUUUUGAAACUCAGUCGUGUCCCUUUAAGGAACAUGUGAUCGGACAUCGACAUCGGGAUGAUGCAGUUAUGAAAAGUGUGUGUUGAAGAAGGCGUUGGGUUCGAGCGUGAGGAAAGCCAUUUCAGGCUGAUUGUACAGUUUGCAGGGUAACUGUACAUCAGGGUUGUUCCUGCUGAGGGGAAGGACAGGGUGGACUGCUGCUGCUGCGCUUCUCCAGUCUUCAGCCACGGCUGGGAGAUUCUCUUGGAAAGCAUGUGAUGAGCCAGGCUCAGAAAAAGGUCUCCCUCAGCCAGAGCUGUGGCAAGGGCUGUAACCAUGUAGAUGGUUGUCCCCAUGGUAAAACCAUGGGUAGAGCUUGGCCUGAGCAUUGUUUGAAGGAGGCCAAGGCACUAAAGCAUACAGCCAGUAAAGACAAGCAAAAGAGACAACAGCACAUGAAAGGAUGGCUCCAUGAUGGAUGUAAGACAGGAGCCAAGUUAAAAAAGGGCAGGAUUCUGAAGGUUGUGGCCAAAAAAGGCAAGGCAAAAGUGUCCAAGAAAUUGAGGGAAGAGCGGAAUAGGAAGCUUUACCCUCUACGACGGAGAAGUAACAAAUCAAAUGAUGAGGCCUUAAGUUGCCAUGUCCUGCUUACUCGUCUGGAGGAGAAUGCCUUUGAACAGGACGGUGACUUGCAUGAGGAAGAGCCAAAUGCAAUUUCAAAAAGAUGUCGGCAAAAAAAGAGAAGCAGACCCAACCAAAAGCUAGUAAACACCAAUAAAUCAUUACAUAUACCAUCUAAAACUAAAUAUGAAGCAAGUACUAAUACAAUUCUAGCUCAGGAGCCCCGUAAACGCCGGCUUGCCUCUCUUAAUGCCGAAGCUGUCAACAGCCUGCUGCUGGAGAAAACAGAUGUACCACUAAGCAGCAAACUCCCUAAGAAACAUCACCAUGAGACAGCACCUGUUUUUAAUGACACAGAUGAUGCAAAAAUUUGCUCACUGUCAAAAACUGUUACUCAAGCUCAUGAGACUGAAAUGUGCCAAAACCACAAGAAGGCCAAGAAGAGCAAGUCAGAAGAAAAAGACGACAUUGAUCUGAGUCUGUACAUUCCUACUCCUAGACGCCUCGCCGGACUCAAUGCUGCUGCUCUGCUGAAGCUCACAAGCUCCACUACAGGAAGCAAGCAGCGAGUAAAGACUGACAGUAAAGGUAUUUGUGCUGCAGGGAAACAGACUGCAUGCUGUAAAUCCCGGGUGCAACAGCCUAAAAAGCAAGGACUCAAACAGGCUUUACCUCAGGAUGGCGGUGCAGCAUGUGAGAUCAAGGGAAGUGAGUCUAAACUGAAGUGGGAAGGACCUGCUGACUGUCACUGCUUAGCCAAACCAGGGUAUCAUUCUCAUGGCAUGAUGGGAUAUCCCAUUAACAUGGUAAAAGAAGAGCAGGUGGAAAGUGAGCUUGGUCCUUGCUACUGCUGUUCUGCAGAAGGCUCAGUGGAAUAUUGUCACAGGUUGGCACUGUAUCUGAGCCAGAAGGCCUGUAGUGAGACAGACAAGCACCCCGUGGCCUCAGUGAAGCACGAAUGCCUGGUUGCCCCAUCUUCACUGGCCCACCCAGCCCUCACCCUCAGUGCCCACCCAUGCCUGUGCGCAGACCCCUGCUACUCUAGUUACUAUGUUCACUUUGCAAACCAUGGGCCUCGUUCAGUUUGUCUAAGUACGCAGCCACUACCUUGUGCACACAGCUCCAUGUGUCCCAGCAGGGUCCCUGCAUCCAAGCUGCUGUCCUCCUCUGUCUCCCACACCUCAGGAAUCUCACACCCUGCCUUCUGCAGUUCAGCGCGCUCUCCGUGCUGCAGUGAGGGCUGCAGAGUUGGCAGUUACACUUUCAGCGCUAUGCAGCCUGUCACCAGCAGGGCGUGCUCUUAUGCCACAGGCUGCUCCAACUGUAGCCAUCAAAUCAAAACAGAAGGCUACUCUUCACCUCAAGGGGAUCAAAGUUCCUCUCUGCUUGUUCCACCAGCCCUGCCCCUUUCUGGCUGCCCAUUGCCUAGGUUAAGCCCAUCCUCCACUGUUCUGCCACGUCUUCUGUCCACUCUUGCAGACAACAGACAGACAGAGGUCAGGCUCCGAGGGCCAAGAGAAUGCCCUCAAAACACCAAACCACCCAAUGGCUCUAUUGGUGCAAGACCUACAAAACUGUCUCAGAAACAGCCAGUGCCCAGCCCAGCAAGUGCCAAACAACAGAAAAAAGUACAUCGCCACCGCACCACAAAUGGCUGGCGCCCUUUUGGAGAACCCACAGAGAAAGAAGUCUUUAUUGCGGGUGAGGACAUGACCGCACUGCGACAGUGUUAUGAAGGAGUAGAGAGAGAUGGAGAGGUGAUUCGGGUCAGAGACACAGUACUGUUGCGCUCCGGACCACGAAAGAAAUCCUUACCCUAUGUGGCUAAGAUAUCAGCUUUGUGGGAUGACCCUAAGACAGGAGAGCUGAUGAUGAGCCUGUUCUGGUACUAUCGACCAGAACACACACAGGGAGGCAGAGAUCCCAGCAUGCACUGUGAGAAUGAAAUAUUCGCCUCUCGGCAUCAAGAUGAAAACAGCGUGGCCUGUAUUGAGGACAGAUGCUAUGUUUUACCUUUAGCACAGUACUGUAGAUUUUGUGCCUUGGUAAAGCGCCGCUCAGAGGGUGUACCCGACAGCGUCCCCAUGGUGCCCCGGCCCUCUGACAGUGCUGUUCCCACUCACCGACUUGUGCCCGAUGAUGUCGAUCCCGAACUGGUUUACCUAUGCCGCCAUGUCUACGACUUCCGCUACGGCCGCAUACUGAAGAACCUGCAGUAAGGGUGCAAGCCUGCAUGCAGCGCACACACACCUGCACCUCACUAAUGAUGGAAAGCCUUCAUACUAAAACGAUCCCUGUGCAACCUACUGGCCUUUUUGUUCUGAAAAUCCUGAUUUAUUGUUGAAAACGUGAAUGAUCUGUUUUUCUUAUUAUUCGCUCAGGAGGGUAGACCUCAGGGAGGUCUGGGGCUGUUGGACAAGACUAUUUUUAACUGUCUCCACAUUCCCAGAGUGGCAGCAUCUAAAGUGAGUGCUAUAGAAGAACGGAAAUGACAGCUUUAUUGAGUUCUUGAUUAGAUUUUUUAAAUUCUCAGUAGAAAUUUAGUUUUUAUUUACUCUUCCAUUUAAAGUUGGAAGGGGUUCUGUAUUUCUCUUUGGAGAUCUGUCUUGUACACUGGACUAUGACACUGGCAGGGGAAAUCAGACGAAGCUGCCAUUUCAGAUGAAGAGUGUAAUCAGAUCCAAUUUCUUCAAAGUGUCGCUUUAGUCGUAGGCUCAAACAGAGUCCUUAAGAUAAUCUCGCGCUCCUGUUUAGGAGAGCCUGGCUAUUUGGAUGAAAAAAGAAAUGAGAAAGUGGACAGAUUUUCUUGUUUGUGUUGGGGCAAAUGCUUUCUGUUCCUGUGUUUUUCUUUAUGUGGGACUAAGUGUAGUAAAUUUUCCCAUUUCAUUGAAUGGGCAAGUGACUCUUCAGUCCACCAAUGAAAUGUCUGCAAGAGUAGAUGCUUGUCUUUUUCGUUCUUCUCAUGUUUUGCUUUAUUGCGGGGGGUGUCACUCUGUGAUGUUUGUCUUUUUCGUUCUUCUCAUGUCUUGCUUUGAUGUCGUGCUUGUGUUCUUCUCAUGUCUUGCUUUGCAUGACAUGCAGGUCACUCGGUUGGCAGCUAGUUUUGACCGAAACCUCUAAGAAUUUAACUCCUAUACUAAAACCAAAGGUCAGCACAGUGCUAAUCUCUGUUGUCACUAAGUAUCCCCCAGGAUCUGUGCCCUAUAAUUCCACAGGAAGCAAAGCUGACACUUGUUUUUCAAGUAAAGAUAUUUAUCAUGUAUUGAGUGGUGAUACUUAUAAUACUUACAAUGAACUUAUUUGACACAUUUAUUUGAUAAAAUCCUGCAUGUGUCCAUUUUUCUUUGCUUCUAGUCACCCUAGUUAAAUUGCACUAAUCCAUUCCUUGAUUUUCUUUUCUUUCCUCCUCUGCUAUUAUUUUAAUUUACAUUUAGGUCUUCCUUUUUGAUUCUAUCACAGUUCAUGACAGUGAUUUGGUCAGCAAGGAAGUGCACAGGAAGGAUAGAAACUUCUUUAUAGAAGUUUUUUUAUUUAUAACAGAAAAAAAGAAUAAAUGUAUAGCUAAUUCUAACAACAGGAAAGUCAUACUGUUUUGGCAGUUCUCUUUGUUAAGUAUAUGUGGUCUUGUUAACGUACAUGUGUGAUGUACCAACCUAAAUGCAAGGGCGCUUUUACACCUGUUAAUAAUUUGACAUGUCUGAAUCAGAGCGAAAUCGAAACUGUUGGUUUCACUUGCGAUUUUUUUUGGUUUGCUUUCACACUACACAUAAUUAAACAAACCAAAAAGCAAAAAACAUCGGCUAAGGGGUAGGCUUGUGCGAUAUUGAUUUAUCCCUGAUUGUGAUUUUCCAUUUUAAAAUGGAACCCAUAGACUUAAAAAAAAAAAAAAAAAACAGGAAAAUUUCCGUCAUGGUUUAAGGAGAAUAGGGGAGGUGUAAUAAUAUAACCAGCUGUGCAAUCGGAAACUACGGCAAUCAUGAAAACUCAGGUGGACUGUGGAUUUUUAAGUGAUUCUGCAGUAAUGCACAGUAAAUAGUUAAAAAAAAACACAUAA